AUGGAUUUAGCUGGUAGGGUGUUCGGGCAUUCUAGGGGAAUUUUGCAUCAAAAUGAAACAUUUGGGGAUAUUCCAAAAAUUAGGCUAACAUUAGGGGUGGAGGAGGGAAGGCAAAUCAGCAACAGCGCGGAGCCAGCACCCUGCGAGGGGGCGCGGCUGCGCGUGCUAGCUCUGCCGAAAUUUGCAGAGCCAUCGACAGUGUCACCAGUGUGGUCGCCGACGGUUGCCGAGUUGCCUGGAGAAGAAGAAGAUGGAAACCCUCAAACCCGAUCUUCUUCUUCACAUUCAUUUUCUGGUUCAGAAAAAUCUAGUGCCAAUCGCUGCAGUCAGCAGACCAAAACUCGAACUCGAAGGCCCGAAGUGCCUGCUUCUGCUGCUACCUGCCGAGACUGCCGACUCCGACUGUUUUUCAAGUAUUCAGUUUUUCCGAGCUCCACUCAUGUGCAUCCCGAUGAAGAGACUAUAUUUCCUAAUGCUAAAAGCCAAAUUAUGGAACGAUUUUUUCAACCAAAACGAAAGUCCAUACCCAAUUCUUCUACUUCUAGUUGUGCAUCUAGUCCCGCCACUGAUUCUAGUCGAGCACAAGAGUUAUUGAAUGACACAAAGAAGUCCCCGGCUCAAUUUAAUGUGGAUGAUCUUGUAUUUGAUCCAGGGAUAUGCUCCCCUAUCGAGUCGUAUAAUCCUAAUAUCAGAGAUGAUGUCAGGAUGGCAUACUUGGAGAAGGAAAAGGAUGCGGCGUAUUGUUUGCAUUGCUACUUGUUCAAACCUGAUAGAGGGGGUCAAGGGGGUGGCCAUAUAUUUACUAAGAUCGGCUUUAGGGAUUGGAAGCACAAAAAGACAUUGAAAGAUCAUGUCAGUUUCUUUGAUAAUGCUCAUAAUCAAGCUUUUACAAAGUGUACCAACUUGAUGAAUCAAAAGCAAAGUGAUUGUCAUUUCGUGGUCAUGAUGAAUCGAAAGAGUCUCUUAAUAGAGGUUGAUAAUGCUCAUAAUCAAGCUUUUACAAAGUGUACCAACUUGAUGAAUCAAAAGCAAAGUGUCUCAUAUGUUAUGUCUAGCCAAAGUAGUAGUCAACAACAAAGUUAUAAGACCAGGUUGAAUUUGGUGCUAGAUUGUAUUAGAUUCCUCUUGAUGCAAGGAUUGUCAUUUCGUGGUCAUGAUGAAUCGAAAGAGUCUCUUAAUAGAGAAAAUCUAAUUGAGUUACUAAACUUGUAUGUAGCUCAUUGUAAAGAAAUUAAAGAAGUAUUAUUUUGUAAUGCUCCUGGAAAUGACCAAAUGACUUCACCAACCAUCCAAAAGGAUUUGAUUAAUUGUUGUGCCGUAGAGACGACAAGGGCUAUUACCAAUGAGAUAGGUGAUUCUUUGUUUUCAAUUUUGGUUGAUGAGGCUCGUGAUAAUUCUAUGAAAGAACAAAUGGCAGUUGUUUUGAGGUUUGUUGAUAAAAGUGGGCGAGUGAAGGAGCGUUUUUUAGGUAUGUCCCAUGUCACUAAUACUUGUGCCCAAUCACUGAAGGAUGCCAAUGAUGCAAUGUUUUCUACACAUGGGUUGAGCAUAUCUAGCCUAAGAGGUCAAGGCUAUGAUGGAGCAAGUAAUAUGUCAUGUGAGUUUAAUGGGUUGAAAGCUGUAAUUUUAAGAGAGAACACACAUGCUAUGUAUGUUCAUUGCUUUUCUCACCAGCUUCAGUUGGCAAUUGUAUCUGUCACACGUAGGAAUUCUAAUAUUCUGGAGAAGCUUAAUAUUGGGGAACUUACUAGUGGAAGUGGUCAGUUUCAAGAAAUGAGUUUGGCAUGCCCAGAAGAUGGCGUACAUCCAGAUCAAAAAUCUUCGGCUGUAAGACAGAUGAACGCUAUGCAAGAUUUUGAGUUUGUGUUCAGUCUCUACUUUAUGUUUGAAAUUCUUGCAAUUACAGAUGACCUUUCACAAGUCUUACAGAAAAGGGAUCAGGAUAUUUCAAAAUGCAAUGGGGUUAUAGAAUUUGUACAUAUUUUAGUGCCCAAUAUGGAGGAUAUUGUAGUAGUGAAAGACUCAAUCUUGCAAGAGUUGAAUGAUCGUUUUCCAGAAACAACUACUGAGCUCUUUACUUGCAUUUCAUGUUUAAGUCCAAGAGAUUCAUUUGCAGCUUUUGAUAAGAAUAAAUUGCUACGUCCUGCUCAGUUCUAUCCUUUGGACUUCAAUAGUGAAGAGCUUUUAUUACUUUGA